AUGGAGCCUAUCGAGGGAACCGGGCAGAGCCAUUCUCUUAGCGUCAAAGGUUCUUCUUCGAAGAUUAAUGUCCUAGUGGUAGACGAUGAUUCCACAUGUCUCCUCAUUGUUGCAGCCAUCCUAAGGACAUGGCAGUAUGAAGUGGUAACGGUGAAACACCCGAUCGAUGCGUUGGCUACACUUCGCGAAAAUCAAGAUUCGUUCGACCUUGUGGUGACGGAUUAUCACAUGCCCGACAUGAAUGGACUCGAAUUGCAAGAUCAAGUCCUAGAAGAAUUCAAGCUACCUUUUGACUCAAUUAAGGGUUUUGCAACUUUGGUUACCUUUUCUGCAACAGUGAUGUCAGGAGAAGAAAGAGAGUGCAUCAUGCUGGAGAGUUUAGAGCGUGGUGCUGCAUCCUACCUUUCAAAGCCCAUAAGACCUGAACAUCUCAAGAAUCUAUGGCAAUAUACAGCUGCAGCCAAGAAAGGCAAAUCAAUAGUCAUUGAAGAGGAGACUAGAUUUGCACCGGUCACGCCAAUAUGGGGUCAUCAUAUUGAUAUUACACAUCGCGGGAACGAGAAUUCUUCAUCAUAUAUGAACAAGAUGAUGGAUUUUGAUAGUGAUGAUGACGAGGAUUCCGAUACUGAGCCACAAGAGAAGAACAUGGACGAUAACCACAAACCUAGAAAACCAAAAAUUGUUUGGACAACCGCACUUCAGAAUCGGUUCUUGCAGGCCAUAGACAUCAUUGGAUUCGAGAAUGCUGUGCCGAGGAGAAUUCUCGAUGUCAUGAAUGUCCCCGGAAUAACUAGAGCGCAUGUGGCUAGCCAUUUACAGAAGUAUCGACUCUUCCUCAAGAAGGUUGCCGAAAAGGGUCUCAAGUAUAACAUCGAGAGAGCGCAAAGGUCUAGCUUUGCAUCUGCAUUAUAUGGAAGUGGUACCAGCCGAGAAUAUCGUUAUAAUCUUUUGCGUCGUCAUCCAUGGACGCCGACAUUCCAUUCUGGACUAUUGGGAGGGAGUUCGACAAAUAUGAACUAUAGUAGCUAUGGCAUUGUUCCAUUCACUGGCGAAGGAUCUCAGUGGAGCAACUCCCUAUCUAAACUUGGAGUUGACAAAUCACCUUCAGUGACUGAUCAAGCUAGCUCUUCUAAGUGUCCAAUUCUGGGAAACACCUAUCCUCUCUCUCAGCCAGAUAGCUCAUCUCUUCUGACGAAUCAACUGAACACCAUCGGAAGCGGCUGGCUCAAGCCAAGUGAUGCCAUAGAUGGCACUUAUGGAAUUUCAAAGCAGAUGACUCCACAAGAUCAAACUAUACCUGAAAAUUUACAUCAUGGAAUACAGAAGUACGCAACGGUAGAAGAUGGUACCAAAAAUGCUAAUCACGCAUCCAUCAGUGGCUCGGGUUAUGCAAUCAACUCUUUUCCAAAUGUGAAUCCAUAUGAAACCAUUGGUUAUGUCGGUCUUCAAACGGCUAGUAGCAGUGAGCUAGUCCGAGUAGGUGAGGCCAAAUUCCCUGACGCUGCCAAACCGAACAAACUCGGCAGUGCAAAUAUUAAUGAGGGAACGAGCUUUAUGGCGGCCUUCCUUGGUGGCCACCAAAAGGAAAGAUUGCUAUUAUCAGAUGGUCUGUCCAAAGAAAACGAAAAUCGCUGUGCGUGUGACGCGAUGAAAAAUAGUGGAGCACCUUUUGGCAAUUUUAGCGGGCAAAUGUUGGGUGGGGGUACUCUCACUGAUGCUUUAUCAGGGCGUAGCAACAAUCAACCUCAUUAUAAGCCACAAGAUGGGGAGAACCUGAUGCCUUCAGAUAUCACCAGUGUCCCAUAUCAACCCAAUGUCAACGCCCUCACAAUUGAGAACCAGAAUCCGAAUUUUCUCGAACCAAAUCAUGUUGGGGACCAUGCUGCUUGGAAUAAUGUUGAUGUCCAGCGUAACUCCAACUCCUCCAUAUACGCUGGGUACCAUUGUGGGCAGGAUCCUAGCUUUGGAGAAUUCAUGGACUUCGACUUCGACUUCCUCAGAGGAGUCGAGUCGUUCCUGUUAGAUGAUCAUUGGCCUCUAUUUGACCAGAACCCUGCGCAGGAGUUUGAUGAAACUGGUUUCGUGGCCUCCUUGCUUGGCGACAACUGA